AUGUUGGCACGUGUAGAAUAACACGUGCGUGCCUUCCAUGCUACGUAUCCACUCUCACACACACUAUAAAAUCAUUGUACGAUGUUUCCAUGAGAUAAUUCGGAGAAGUGCAAUACCCAUGGGCGAGGUCCGAGAGGGGAGCAACAAAAUUGGCGGCGAAGCCAACCCGGCGCUGGGUCCGGAUCCGGAUGCUCCGGACCACCCGGGACACCAGUUCGCCCAGUUCGGGGCGGGAUGCUUCUGGGGAGUGGAACUGGCGUUCCAGCGGGUGCCGGGAGUGGUCAAGACCGAGGUGGGGUUCUCGCAGGGCCGCGCUCCGGAUCCGACCUACCAGCUCGUAUGCUCCGGAUCCACCAACCACGUUGAGGUCGUCCGGGUCCAGUUCGACCCGAAUGCUUGCCCUUACACAACCCUCCUCUCUGUUUUCUGGAACCGCCAUGAUCCCACAAGCCUCAAUCGGCAGAGGGGUGAUGUUGGUACGCAAUACCGAUCCGGAAUCUACUACUACAAUGAGGAACAGGCUCGUUUGGCCCAUGAAUCCCUGGUAGCAAAGCAGAUUGAGUUGGAAGAUAAGAAGAUUGUGACAGAAAUUCUUCCAGCAAAGAAAUUCUACAGGGCAGAGGAGUAUCAUCAGCAGUAUCUAGAAAAGGGCGGAGGUGGAGGCAUAAAACAGUCUGCUGAAAAGAACUGCCGGGACCCCAUCCGGUGCUAUGGUUAGCAACAUAUGUGUGCUGAUGCAAUUUAGGGUUCCAUGUUUGUUGAGCUCCUUGUCUGGUAGUUGCAAUUUAAUAAUUAACAAACAGUGACGUGUUGUACGUUUUCUUGGAAUCAUUUCAGUAAGAUUAUGGUUCUGUGUUUCGUCUGAA